AUGAGCAGCGGCACGAGCGAUGCUGUUUGGUACGGCCCACCCGAGAGCUGGCCGACUGAACACUGUCGUGUCUUAUACAUCAUCAGCAGAUAUGCACAGCAAGCUCGAAACGUGCAAUCGAAAGAAACGUGGAUCCGUCAGGUGGCUCUACUUGUGCUGCUAUACGAAGGGAUCGAUGCCGGCGUCCUACCGUUCGACUACUCUCCGAGCCUCAUCUGGCUCACGUUCAAGCGACACACAGACAGACGUUGGCUUCGAAUCUCUCAAGAAGCCAAGUCGGUCAUCGAUGACUUGUGGGAGGCCAAACUUGUAAACGGUAUCAAGCUUUCGUCUGUGGAUUAUCAACCGGUCACAGCGUACCAGGCUUCUUUUCGAGGAUUGUCGAUCGUGGAGCAGAUGCCAGAGCAGUUGAAACAGGACACCGAUACGUUCCUCUACUCUCCGUUACUUCUUGUGCGCUACGACGGCUCCGAGUUUCAUCUAGUGACCAAUGAUCAGUCGUACUCGAGAGUGAGCAGUAUAACGGAGUGCGAGGAUGUGUCGUACGUGUCGUCGCCCUACAUCCCAUCUUGUCUUCGCUCCAGUACGAGUUAUCUCGUGGAGCCGACGAGCAAUAAACUACGUGCAACUGAGUCUGCACGUGGGUACAACAUGAUGACCAAGGAGGCAAAGCAGAGUAUCGUGCUCUCCCAGGUACACGCGCUAGUCGGGGAGUGGCUACCGUUCGGUGCUAACCAGAUAUCGGCAUUGAAUGAACGCUUGGGUGCUAUGGAACGCUGUCAAGGAGGGCUUUUUAGUUCCAAACUCGACUUGCAGCCGACAGAAACGCACUUCGAAGUGACCCCAGGCCUCACACAAGUCAAGAUUUUGGACUUCGACGCCAUCCGAUUCAUCAAUUUCGAGGCGGAAAUCAACUUUCCAGAGAGCGACGGGAUCAUCCAGGUAGAAAACUUCGGGAUGCACUUACACGUGAGUGGAGCUGUCCUGUACGGAGUCAAAAUCGACGCUAUUAUGAACCACACAGAGCGUGCAAUCCCUUUCGAUCUACUGGCGCGGUUACUGGUGGAUGUUCAUCAAGAUUCGUCGGGUAUUAUCCAUGACUUGCUUUCUCGCUAUCAGCUCAGCGUUCUUGACAUGCUGUUCAUGGGUAAAGCCGACCAACGCAACAAAUACAACCUCAUCACGGCUGCAUCAAUGGACCCCAAACUACCAGCCUGUAAGUAUCUGGAUAAAGGAGAGCGUGAGAACGAACUCAAGCAAGUGUUGGGCGAGAUCUACGCUUGCUACGACAUCACUCGAGACGACGUGCUCUUCCUGGGGCGUGAUGGAUGUCUGCUCAGUGGGCCUGGAGCGGAGCGAUACGAGGCGCUUCUCACGACGUUCAUGGGUCUCAACAGUCGAGAGAUUUUCAUCCGAAACUUCUUCGUGCGUACGUUUGUGCUGAGCGAUAUGCUUGUAGAAUUACGUACAUCUAUCCGCAACUACCGCAAGCAUGGCGAACACUCUCUGAAGGCGGUGAAGAAGUCCUUAAGCGACGCAGCACGGCACAUGAUUUUACUCAUUGAAUGUCUGCAGUAUCUCCUAGAGUCCGUAGAAGCUCUCGAAUUGCCGCCUGUACCAGUCGACAUCGCCGGUUCCAAGAUUUACAAGUGUCUGCAGCUCUUGGAACGUAAGAAUAGCGUCAUCGUGCGAUGCAAGGAUUCCAUCAAACUCAUUGAGCGUCUCCGUACACAACUCGACACGCUGAUCACUAAAUUUGAAGGUAUCUCCCGACUACAGUUGACGUACGUAUCACAAGGGUUUGACAUCAACAUUCGACGACUCACCGAGUCUCUGCGAGUCCGUGACGAGCUUGAACGCAACUUGGACGUCAUCCGCAUGAUCUUCGCUGGUAAUUUGUCUUUCGAUGUAAUUGAUCGAAUCAGUGGAGGUACGUUUAACGUCCCCAACCCAAAGUGGUUUAUCGACUGGAUUAAGAAGCCGAUCAUCGAUGCUCCAGUCGCAUUCUUGGUCAUUAACCUGCUUUGGUUUGCUAUUAUCUGGAUGGCGCUGCAAGCUUGGCUAGACCAUCGAGUCUUCCGUAACGGCGCGACGCUUGUGAUCCGAGCUCAUACCGACAAACGGAUCAACCUCACCCAGUUACGUCGAAUGCUAAAGAAGAGGAACGUUCGUCUCGGUGUACUCGAGUACGAAUCCGGUGGUCGACCUGAACUGCAGAGCUACAAGUGGGAAGAGCACGGCUUUCCGUUUAAGGACUCGUCAACGCACGUGCAGAUCGUAGUGGACGAGAACCAGAAGCUGCUGCGUUCCAUUCGUCUACAGAUCGCACGUCCGCUGGACGAGUCGGUGCCUAUCCACUCACGUCGUCUUAGUAUGCGGAACGCGCAGAACCCAAAUACGACACGACGACCUUCACGUCGCCUGCAUCCAGCCCCGUCCUCGGUCACAGUGGUGGAAAACAAUAUCCUUGAGCAGUUCUCGGGGAUUCUGCGGGCGGAAGGCGUUUACCAGGAGCGCUACGCUCCACUCGCAAGGCUUGGCAGUCAGAUUAACCUACUGGCUCUAGCGCAAGACUUUGCUGAGCCCGACUACAAUCGAGAUGUCAGUCGUCUUCGUCGUCGACGCGGGGCUGUGGACACUGCGAUCGUCUCCAACGACGAAUCGUAUCGCCCACCACCAUGA